AUGGACUUUCAGUGGGACUUAUUUGGCUAUACCCUUGCCGUCUUUUUCAUAUCAAUAAUCGGUGGAACAGUUCCCUUUUUAAUUCGCCUCAUCAAGAACAAAUCGAUAGGUAUUCGGAUCAUCAACAUAGCUUCCGUUUCCGCAAGUGGGUUAUUUUUAGGUGGUGGAAUUUAUCACAUGUUAGCCGAAGGUUUAGAGAUGAUGGAUGAGUCGGGGUAUUCCUUUGGUGGUUAUCAACUUGGGUGGACCUUAUUUGGUCUUACUUUCUUCUUCAUCUUUUUCAUUGAUCGAGUGAUUGUCCCCCACCACCACUCCAGUUUUGAAGAGAUUUCAUCUGACGGCUCAGACGAUGCCACAAACCCUAAAAACGAAGUUUUUGAUGAUCACACCAAUUUACUUAUAGGUGACCAGCCCAACGUUGCAAACUCCGAUAUUGAAGACAUCGAGGGUUUCCAAAAUUCGAAUACAAAAUUUGGAUCAAAGGAAAGUAGUGAAGAAAAGAGUCACCACCACCAUCAUCAUCACCACCAUCACCACGAAGGUGACGAGAAAGCAACGAAAUAUCAAGAAUGGGUGGGGAUCAUAGUAUUAGUCAGUGCACUUUCCGUUCACUCAUUUUUAGAAGGACUUGGGCUUGGGUCUACAAACGACUAUUUGAUGGUGUUCAUAGCGAUUGCCGCGCAUAAAUGGGCGGACUCUGGUCUGACGAUAUUAUAUCUUAUGAAGAAGUUGAAUGGGUGGAUUGCGUUGGUUGCGAUCUUAUUCAUCUUCUCGUGCUUCACACCACUGGGAACUUUAGUCGGCUAUUUUGUCAUCACAAGUUUGGAGGAUGAAAGUGUGUCACUGCUUGUCCAGGGCAUUUUCUGCUGUGUUGCGGCGGGAAGUUUCUUCUUUGUUGCGAUUGUCGAAAUCUUGAGUGAAGGGUUUGAGGGGGAAAGUAAUCAAUACACUUUGGACAAAUACCUCAAAUUUGGAUUGGCCGUCGUGUUUUAUAUUUUUAUGUCACUCACCACGUUGUUGGAACCAGAGGAAGGCUCGGAGUGA